AUGGAUGCAUAGAUGGGGGCUACCUUCGGAAACACAAGAGGGUUUGGGGGAAUGAAUCAGAAUGGAUUUAAUAACAAAAAAGCAGGGGGAGAUUUCGAUGAAUCCUUUGAUCGAGAUUCAGUAGUAGAUUUUGGAUUCAAUAAUGAUUUGGCUGCUGAUUUCAACUAUGGAAAUAAUGCUUUUAAUUAGACGAUCAAGAAAAAUCAAGUUAAUUAGCAAAAUAAAAAAGGAGGAAAGAUAGGCCAUAUGAAUGGUCCACCUAUAAAAUCAAGUAUUUCAGAUAUUGUAGAUAAAAAUGAAAGAGAAGCAGUAUUUUAGAAUUCAAUGAGACCUGGAGGCUUAUUUGGAAAUAUGCAUUAAUUACCCGGAUAAUCAAUGACACCUUUCUUAGUUUCUCCAGGUGGUCCAAUGGAAAGUAUGCAGAGAAGUGCCCUAUUUAAUAUUGGUUCUGGAAUGGGUUCUCCCAUUCAAUCUCCUCCGAAAGGCCCAGCAGAUACUUUUAAGAAAUUCAUGCCUCGCUCUGAAAAAGAAAAGUUCAAAAAGUAGAUUAUUGAUGAAAUCCGAGACUUUGUUUAUGUUCCUAAGAAGUUUUUCUGCAAGAAGCAUAAGCAAACAGAAGUAGAGUACUGUUGUGCAAUUAAUGAAACUUUCUUCUGUAAGUUAUGUUUGCCUACUCAUCAAGGGCAUGAUGAUUUAGUAUUGUCAGAAAUUUGUGAUCAGAUUCAAUAGGAUGUAAUCAAGCUAAAACAUACUUAUAAAGCCAAAAAGGAAUUUAUGAUUAAUAAGUUAGAUAAUCAUCAGAAAAAGAUUGAGAAUAUAUUCAAAAUAUACUAUGAAACACUCGAUGAGUGUAGAAAUAUGAUUCUGGGAUAAGAGUACUCACUUAGGAAAAAUAUGGAUUACUUUGAGAAAACUAUUGUAGAACUUAUGAGAGACAUUAAGAACUAUAAUUAUAUAGAGUUUUAUCAUGAAAAAGAAGAUCUUUAACAAAAAAUUAAGAAUAUCAAGAAUAGCUUGAAAUAGUUCAAUGUUUACAUGCCUAAGUAUGCCCUAUAGAUAGAAGAUAUGAGCUUAGCAACUAAUCAAAUCAAGGUUGACUUGAAAGAGAGAAUAACUAGUUUCAUAAGAGAAACAAAUCAUUAAUUAGCUUUAGAUAAUUACGACUAUGUUGUUAAUAUACAAUAAAACGAAGCAAUAGCCAAAAUAUAUAAGCAAUUAGGACCUUUUGAUUUCUAUAUGGAGAAGAUUGACGAGGAUUUGCUUGAGAAUAAAACUUUAGUCAAUAAAUUUGACUAGAGAAAAUCAGGAACUAUUUUUAGAGGAGAGAUUAACAAUAUUUCAGGCAAACCAGAUGGUAGAGGUAUUAAAAUAUUCUAAAAUGGAUCCAUUUAUGAGGGUUAUUUUGCUGAUGGUCAUACACAUGGAUUUGGAAGAGGAGUAACUUCUAGAGGAGAAGUAUUUCAGGGAUAAUUCAAAUUCGAUUAGAUGGAAGGUCUUGGUUUCUUCUAAUGGCCAGAUGGCAGAAUGUAUGAGGGAGAAUGGAAACUAGGAAGAAGAAAUGGUAAAGGCAAAUACUUCUGGCCGAAUGGAUAAGUUUAUGAAGGUGAUUUCAAGGAUAAUGAGUGUAACGGUAACGGAAUUCUUCAUUAUACAGAUGGAAAAAGACUUGAAGGAAUUUGGAGAAAUGGCAAGAAACAUGGAAAGGCAGCAUAUGUGUGGCCAAAUGGAGCUAAGUACAAUGUUUUCUAUAUUGAUGGCAAGAAAUAGGGUGAAGGUAUGCUUGAGGGCACAGAUGUUAGUUUGGAAUAACUAAAAGAUAACUAUAGAUCCUUAGCAAAGAAAUCACUUGCUGGUAGAUCCCUUUUAAGUUCUAAAUAACAAUUUAACUACUGA